ACCUGCGGAAGUCCACGUGAUCUGUGCUCAGUCCCAGGGAGGAAGCAGCUGCAGGGUCCUGGCAUGUAAAUAACGCCCUGUCUGUAUCUACACUGUACGGCCGGAGCCAUUCCAGGGAAGACAUGGCCAUCCUGUUUGCGGUUGUUGCGAGGGGAACCACCAUACUGGCGAAGCAUGCCUGGUGCGGAGGAAAUUUCCUGGAGGUGACAGAGCAGAUCCUGGCCAAGAUCCCCUCAGAAAACAACAAGCUGACGUACUCUCAUGGCAGUUAUCUGUUCCAUUACAUCUGUCAGGAUAGAAUCGUCUACCUUUGCAUCACCGAUGACGAUUUUGAGCGUUCCCGGGCUUUUAAUUUCUUGAAUGAAGUAAAGAAGAGGUUUCAGACAACCUAUGGAUCCAGGGCACAGACCGCUCUGCCCUACGCCAUGAACAGCGAAUUCUCCAGUGUCCUCUCAGCGCAGCUGAAGCAUCAUUCAGAAACCAAGACUGUAGACCGUGUAGUGGAGACACAAGCCCAAGUGGACGAGCUGAAAGGAAUUAUGGUCCGGAAUAUAGAUCUUGUAGCCCAGAGAGGAGAACGAUUAGAACUAUUAAUCGAUAAAACAGAGAACCUUGUGGACUCAUCGGUCACCUUUAAGACCACAAGCAGAAACCUCGCCAGGGCUAUGUGCAUGAAGAAUUUGAAGCUGACCAUCAUUAUCGCUAUUGUAACAAUAGUCAUCAUCUUUAUCAUUGUGUCGGCAGCAUGUGGAGGGCUGAGCUGGCCUAACUGUGUGAAUAAGUAACCGCCUCUCCUCUGCUGCAUGAAGACCAUCGACAGGAACCAGAACAUAACCUACUACUUGUUCACACAUGUAGCGUCCCGUAGAAAAGAGACUUAAUGGAAAAGCCUUUUCCCCCCGAAGACACUGAGGUGUCAGAAGUUCUCCUCAAUCUGUCGUCCCUCCAUCCUUACUGGACAAUGUAUCUCAUUCUCUAUGCCUUAUACCUCCCUCACCCCAUUGUCCUGUACAGUCAGGCUUCUGCUGGAGAUUAAGGACGGUGACGGGGGAGAUGUCAUCUGUGGUUCCGACCAUUUGUCAGUUUACUUCCUAAAUAAUAUAUAUGUAUAUUGGACUGGUUCAUGUUUUAACCUCCGGAAAGUGGUUCAAUUAUUUUAAUUUCCUUUGGCCCGGCCGCACUUGCACUGCUUGUCCACGCACCUGUCUUUUAUGUAUGUCUUGCACACGUGGGAUAUGACAUUCUGCUCCACCUCCUUGAAAUCGUCAUCUCACUUCUGGCAUUGUCAAGGUUAGGUAGGUGAUUUUUCUGUGUGUUCGGGAUCAUCCGGCGGUUGCAUCACCAUUUUUGAUAGGACAAAGAAAUGCCGGAACCCGCACCUGCAUGAAAAACCUCACGUUAAAAUAUGUCGUCUUCUAUCCAGCUGUUGCCUCCUUAUAGUUGCUUUUAGGCAGGCGGGGCGAUAACCAGUUUGCUGCCAUAGGGUUCCCAGACUUGACCUGCGGUGCAGAUUUAAGAUCCACAGCAUGUCAAUUUCCGCAUAUUUCACACUUUGCAGCAAAAUCCAGGACAAAUCCACAGUGAAAUUUCUGCCUGUCGGUUUAGGCCGGACUCGCGCGAGCUUAAUUUGGAUGUAUUUUUCUACUGUAUUAGUCCUGUGUUACAGCCUGACCAUAGGAUUCACUGACCUGAACUCCGGACGUCAUAGGGAUCUACAAUGCUGACCCUACUGUAUCCAGGGAACGACCAAAUCCCCAUUAACUACAAUGGGAUGCGUCUGCUUUCCACCACAAUUCUGUCGUGUCGGACAAAAAAAAGAUCACGCAUGCAGGACCCUUUGUCCGGCGGAAGGCCUACAUUUAUGGCGGAAAGCGUCCGGAUCCCAUUGUGGUCAAUAGUCAAUGGGGAUUUGGCAGUGCGGUUCAAGUCAGGUGAAUUCCAUCAGGAUGUUCUGCUGGAUUUCAGGACAGAUGUGUGAACAGUGCCUGAGAGCUCAGGUUAGUUAUACCCACAGUCGGGCCAUAAUAUGGAUGCUCUUGUGAAUCUGGUAGUUCAUGCAGUUCUAUACCCGCUCCAAGUCACUGCAUUUGUAUCUAGGAAAGCUGAAGAAAAAAAAAACAUGGCAUACUGACCGCAAAAGGGUUGAGGUUUUUUGCAAACCCUGCCCAAAAGUUUCACUGUGAGUAUGCUAUGGGUGCUCUAAUGGUCCUAAUAUAAAGAUUCUAGGGCUCAUGGCUAUGGCUGUAUUACAGAUUGUGUAGUAGAAGUAGUACAGCCUUACCAACGUGCAGUGAUCCGUGCCCUCUGUCCACGUCGCUGCCUUUCUAGGCUGAUUUUUCAUUCAGAAUUCAAGGUAAGGUGGAAGAGAACUGUGGAAGCUAUGGUGACGAGUCCAUGUUGGUUGUCACCUAGCUCUCGCAGGAAGAGAUCUAAAAGUCAGUAUUAGCUCAUACAGAAAUAUUUAAGUAGUCCGUAGACCUAGAAAAGCCACGUCGGACAUGGUCCUCACGAGGAGGUGGUAAAACAAGGCAGUCAUUCUGAUGAAAACCACUCAUGCUUUUAAUUUUACACAUAUUUACCGCUAUUAUUUCCUUACAAUUGUCUACAAAUGUGAUCUUGCUUUAUUUAAUGAUCGUUAACGCCAUCUGGAAACUAAUCUUGUAUAGAACAUCCAGAAGGUGCACCGGCUUCCAUCUUGUUGUGUCACUUUAUCUCAGGCUUUGCUACUGCUGUUUCCCGUUGUCCAUGGGACGGGGCUUUUGUUGCGCUUUCAUAGUGUGCAGAACGAUUCCCUUUCAAGGGGUUUCCUUGGGACCUUUUAAUUGGCCCUUUUGGGUCUGUGUCUGGUACCGCAGCUCAGUCUAUUCAAGUGGGCAGCAUGAGCUGCAGUACCGGGCACUGCCACACCCAGAUGUAUGGCGCUGUGCCUGGAUAAACCACGAGGGGCUCUAGCGGGCACCAUGGCCCCUUCAUUCUGCUCCUCGAUCGGAGCUCCCGGGAUAGGCUGUCAAUUAAAGUCCUUUUUUUAGGGUGUUUUAAAAUCUAUUUCAUAGUUAUCCUGUCCAUCAGUUAAUGUCCAUCUCAGAAUUCCGUGAGAUUGGAAUAUAUGCCUUAAGGCCUCCUGCACACUUCCAUUUUGUGGUCUGCAAAAUACUGAUGCAUCCCGCACUUUUCCUAGACCCCCAUUGUGAAAAUGUCUAUUCUUAUCCGCAAAAUGAACAAGAAUAGGACACGUUCUAUAAUUUGCUGCACGGAUGCGGACAACACAGCGUAGGUGCGCCGUCUCCGUUUUUUGCAUCCCUAUAGAAACUAACGCAUGGCAACAUGUGUCGCGCGACAAAAAGUAACGACCACACUGGGACAUGUGUUGACUUGGUUGGAUUUUUGUGACUAUCGUGUCGCAAACACGCCAUCAAAUGUCAUUAUAAAAAACGCCAUGUGACUUUUCGGCGACACCUGUCGCUGUGUAGCCCUAGCCUUGCGCCUCAUGCUCACCACUGUAUUUUUAAACCACAUUUUUUGUGGAUGCGUUCGUUUCUAUAGGGAUCCAAAAAAUGGGGACGGCACACCGACGCUGUGUUGUCCGCAUCCGUGCAGCAAAUUACAUUUUUACAAUGGGGUCUAGGAAAAGUGCGGGAUGCACACGGACUGCAUCAGUAUUUUGCAGACCACAAAAUGGAAGCGGUCGUGUGCAGGAGGUCUUAGGCAUAUAUUCCAAUCCAAUGGGCAGAUUUGAUCUUGGAGGGGUCUUUGGAUCAGUUUCGGAUUUUUUUUUUAUUGGCUUUCUUCACACCAUUUUUCCAGUGUUUUUAGACUCUUUCAAAAAAUAAAAUAAAAAAAAUGCAGUACAUUUCUAGGGUUUUUAACACUAUAUUUUUCCUGAAGAGCUUUUGGUGGCAUUUUACAUUUGGUAAGGUUUUUUUUUUUUGUUUCCUGGUGUUUUUCAAUGCCUAUGGGAAAAUCGCCAGAAUAAACAUCCUACCCAGAGCACUCUGCAUAAAGUAAAGAAACAAAACAAAAUUCUGUGUAUACCUUCCACUAUUUACUAUGGUCUGUAAAGUCACAUGUGGGCACAAGUGUCUUUAACCUAAAACACGCUGUGAAAAAUACCAAAGAAGACACUGCAAAAAUAACAGGUUUGAAAUAAUGAGGGUGGGGGUGCCCCAGGGUAUGACUGUUCAUACCUUCCAUGGUGGACACUGGUCGUGAACCAAAAUAGUGCUAACCAUAAAAUGGCUGAAAGGAUCUGCAAUGUGACAAAAGAGGAUGGUGCAAGAUUUACGAUUAAUUUAUUGGGUGUUUUUUUUUUCUAAGUUGUUUUUUUUGGGGGGGGCGAGGCCUUCAUGUCGGCUGCUAGGCAGGUAGCCAGCGCAUACACAAUUGUUUACCCCGCUAAGAUAAAGAGUUGAUUAAUUUGUAUAGUUUUACAAUGUUCUCUGUUAGGACAGCGCAUACAUCCAUGGUGGGAUGACUGCUUUACGUGGAUGUGUUUUGUAAUUGUACGGUAUAUCUUCAACUGCUGAAAAUAAAGGAAAAAAAAAAAAAGCACCGCAGCACUUUCACAGAUGUGGCAUACAC